CAGGACUUGUUUGUGGAUUCCAGUAGGAGCCAGGGAAAAUAGUGUUGAAUUUACAAGUUAAGGUAAAGCAUUGGUCUUCAAUGCUUCUGCCUUUUGGCAUGUAUUCACAGGAUAUUGAAAAGAUCAUAAGCUCAGUUGAACAGUAUCAUGCAUGUUUACAUUUUUACCAUUAAUUCCAUGUUGGAGAAGUUAGGGAUUCUACAGAGGUGAUAGAUAGAAUGUAGUUCAUAGCUUCUUACUAGACUCCUCCCUUAAGGAACCUGUGGAAGUAGCAUAUUGGAAACAGAAGCAGACUAAGUACCAAGGAGCAGGGAAAGGGGGUUGGACAUGGUAUAGCCAAUGAAAUCUCUGGAAGUCAACACAGAGCAGAGGUCACAAUCCUUAUACAGAGCGCACUGAAGAUCCUUACUGAUCCUAACUCUUACUGUUCCUUACGGUGUCAGUAAUCAUUGAGCUCAGGUGGAGUUCCGUUGCCAGCUAUUGCCAAGGGCCCAGAACAACUAGAUUCAAAGGAUUUGGAGUCAUGGCUGUCACAAAUUUCCACUACAUCACCCGGAUGAGCAGUGGUUUCAAAGUUUACAUCCUAGAGGGUCAGCCACACCUGAGGAGUGAGGACCGGUUCCGUCACAUAACCAGUGACAGAAUCAGAGUGACUGCUGCUCACCCAUUCAAACAUAAGCACAGUUCAGAACAAGGACGGACACUGGAGGAGAGAAGAGAGAGGGCCCUUAGCAAAAGCCUGGUCAAUGCUGACAGGGCAUCAUCAUGGUUCAAUGUGCCUGAGAGUCCUACAUCCACCUGGAGCCCCACAGCAAGUCCAGCUCACCUUAUCUCCAAUGCAGUUAUGGAUGAGCCGCUUGCCCUUGUCAAGAAAAUGCACCAGGAGACAGAGGAGACAGAAGACAAAAACAAAAAAACUGCAGUCCAACACCUACAGGUUCGUCCCUCAGUGAUCACAUGUGUCUCAUCAACAAAGUCAACCUGUAUGCCUGUAGACUGUUGCAAGCACUCAACUGUUUUAACGCAGCACAGUUAUGAUAACGUUGAGGAACAUUUCCAGCGGAGCCUUGGGGUGAACUAUCAAAAAGGUUCCUCUAAGCAAAUCUCCAUCAGCGUGUCUGUGGAUGACCACUUUGCCAAGGCCCUUGGAGAGAAGUGGCUACAACUCAAAGCAUCCUCUUCUGCUUGCAGUUCAUCUUCCUCACAGUCAACAUCAUCUUCACCUCUAUCCAGUAAUCCCUCUACCGUUAUCCACUCACCUGGUUAUGGCCAGAGCCCUAAACGAGCUCGCAAAAAUUCUGUCUGUGCAACUACAGCCCCUUCCAGCAUGUGGUCAGGGAAAUGAAGCUGUAGGAAAAAAGAUUUUCUAAAUGCAUAAUGGACUUGUGAGGCUAUCACAUAGAACCACAUUAUGUGUGAUCACUGCAGCUGAAUAAAAUGCCAAAGGCAUGCAGUUAAAUAACAGAGUUAUGGGAUAGUGAUGCAAUAUUGAGCAUCACUAUUAAGGAUUCGGUUAUCUCUGUAUGGGAUAUUCUUUGGAGGAUCUGAUCGCUAUAUGUUCUAACUUCAUGUAUGGAAAUACAUGGUGUCUAUGUAUUAUUGGUUCAGCUAUAUUCAGUUUGGUUAUUUUUUCAUUACUUAAUUUUAGUCCUUGAUUGCACUGAUAACAAAUAAUACUAUUAUUUGGCUAGUUUGAAACACAUGUGUCUGUAGGUCCCAUAAUCAGAUAAUGGUACCAUGCAAAAAGAAAACGAAAAAAACAUUUGGACACAAGUACUGUUACAAUAUUGUAGUAGUAAGAAAAUGCUUAGCAGCAAUAUCUAAUAUUUUUAAGUUGCUUAUUGCUCUGUGGACCAGAUAAUUUUUAUUUAAAGGGGCAUUUAAAACUACCAUGCAGACAAAUAAAAAAGAAAUCUAAAAAAUAUGACACAGAGGUUAAUUUGUAUUUUAAUGUUUUUUUUUUUUAAUUUAAGGAUUAUAUAAUGUAAGCAUUAAUGUGUUUGUGUGGGUUUCCUCCAGGUUGUUAGACUUCUUCCCACCUCCUGAAAACAUGCCAGUAGGUUGGUAACACUCAAUUGCCCCUAGGUGUGAAUGAAUGUGCAAAUGUUUGUGAUGGACUGGAGUCCCAGCCAGGGUGUAUUCCCACUUUAUGCCCAUAGUCCCUGGGAUAGGAUCUGUAUCCAUUGCAACCCUAAUCAGGAGAACACUGUUAUUGAAGAUGAUUGAAUGAAUUAAUAAAUGUAAAUGGGUUGAGUAAUUUUUUUAUAUGCAAAACGUGUUCUUACUUCUCUUAUGUCUCAUAAAAUUUCUCAGCUGUAAAAUUGUCAUUGAGAACAAAAGUCUGAACUAUAAUUAUUUUCAUUUAUUAAUUCAUUCAUCUUUGAUUCUGUAAUACCAGGAGCAUGUGAAUGGCACAAAAUGCCAUUUACUCAUAAACCGUAGCUAUUGAUACAGGCCUUCAUGAGCGACACUAUGUACAUCUUUGAGCAAAAUUAUUGUUCUGAUCCACACAUACUAACACACACACACACACACACACACACACACACAAAUUAUUAGGCCGAACUUGUCAACUGAUUUGAUUUGAACAAAUAUAUGGAUACAGUAGAAACACCUCAAAACAGUUCCAAUUUUCUUUCCAUUGAUGAAACAAUAUAGUUUAGGCUCAACAAAUCUUGGUAAGGGAUACUGGUUUUUAUCACCUGAAAGCAUUUUUACUUAUCAUAAAAAUUUUCAUGUAGCUUAGCACUGGACAUGUUGUAGGUCCUCUUGGAGUGUGGACACUCUAGAGCAGAGGUAUUCCUCAUGGAGAAAAAGUUUCAAUACUUUGUUUGCUCCAGAGCUGUUGUAAUGAAUAUCAGAGGCAAAUAAAAUUGGAUAUAAUUUUUGUCAAAUCUUAUGCACAACAUACAUUUAAUUUAUCAGAAACAUAUGAAAGACUGUUUACUUGGUCAUGAUAAUUUAUAAUAUUAAAAUCAGGUUGAUAUAUCCAACUCAAUAUCCAAAUCAGGUUAACUGGGUGUGUAUGUAAUAUGUAAUAACUAUUGCUCCAUGGUCUAGUUCUGAUGCUCACAUGCCCAUUGUAGACGUUUUUGGCAGUGGCCAGUGGUCAGCAUGGGCACACCUGUCUGUGGAUAUACAAACUGUUAAGAGACCUUUCUAUCAUAGCCAACAUUAACUUUUUCUGCAAUUUGUGCUACAGUAGCUCUUCUGUGGGAUUGGAUCAAACGGGCUAGCCUUCACUCCCUGGGGUGCCCAUGAACCUGCUGCCGGUUCAACGGUUGUCCUUCCUUGGACCACUUUAGUCGCUCAGAUCCUUGCUAAUUUUUCCUGCUUUCAACACCUCAACUUCAAGAACUGUCUGUUCACUUACCACUUACUUGCCACUGUAACCAUAUAAUCAAUGUUAUUCACUUGGCUUUAAUGCUAUGGCAUUAAAAUCAUCACUUUGUUGAA